AUGAUUAAAAUGAAAUUAAUUAUCUUAUAUUUGCUGAUUGCAUCAGUCAGCAAGACUAGUUUGGGUAAUAUAAAUUUAUUAGAAAUGUCUCAAACACUUUGGUCAAAACUCCUAAAUGGGGGAUUAACAAAUAUUGGUCCUUUGGACCCAUUACGUAUUCCUGUUGUCAAAGUUGACCAAUCACAAAAUAAAACAAAUUAUCGAAUUAUUUUAAGUAAUAUUGAAAUCGUGGGUCUUAAUCAAUCAACAUUAGAAAGUAUUCAUAUUGGAAAAGGAAGAGUUAAGUCUAAUUUAAGUGAACAUGAAGCUGGUUAUGUCAGUUAUUCUGAUCGAAAUGUUAUUGAUUCAAUCAGAUAUCGAUUUCAUACGGUCGUAAAAGAGCCAAAAACUCACGAUAAUGAACAAUUUAAAGUUCAAUCAAUAGAAACAUUUAAAGCCUCUGAGAGACAGGAUCAAUACACAAACGAUCCGUCUCAAAAAACUUAUAAUAAUCAACAAAGUCAGCAGAUAUAUAAUAACAAUAACCAACGGUAUAUCAGUCAGCAAUACCAACAACGACGGGAUCAAAAUUAUCCAAUGCAACAAGAGUUUGAUAAUAAAAACAAUGAACAAAGAAAUAACGGUGAUCGUAGACAUUAUCAAUUUCAUUAUCAACGUCAUCCUCAGCCAAUGGUUGAUUACUCGACAACCUCAAAAUCAGUUCCAGUUAAUAGAUACAAAGAGUCUCAAGAUCAAGAUCUGUAUUUAGUUUAUGCUCAAAGUCAGUCAAAUUAUGAAAAUCAAAGGAAACUACAAGAUAACCAAAGACCUAGAGUUCAUAGUUAUCAAGCUACUCCUCAAGAUCGUCAGUCAAAUUAUGAACAUCAAAGAAAACUACAAGAUAACCAAAGACCUAGAGUUCAUAGUUAUCAAGCUACUCCUCAAGAUAGUAUUGCAACGGAAACUAAUAUUGAAACUCAAAAAACAUUUACAAAUAAAGGAAAUCCAGUGCGAUUUUCUCUAAACUUAGGAUCUAAACCACCAUGUGUUCAUGAAGAAAAAGAUGUAGAAAGUGUUGAUGUUAAGUCAACAAAAACGGGAUCAUCAUUAAGAUUAGAAAAUCAACCUGGAUACGUUGAUAUUGUUUAUGCUGACCAGAACAGUAAUAAAAUGCGUCACUUUGGUAAUUUGAGAAUUGAAUCAACGAAAGACAAAACGGUUUAUCGUCUUGAAGACAUAAUGAAGGAUUUGGAUAAUCAUCGCAGAUUUAUAAUUCAUAAUUUCACAGAUAGUGAAUUAUUACUCAAGAGAAAUAAUGCAGUAAGAACUGCUGAAGAGACUAGAAGAAUAAAAGAUUUAAUUAGGUAUGCUAAAGAUUUUCAAGAAAAACAAGGUUACUUUGAAGAAGGAAUGGAAAUAACAUAUCACUAUGGAAAUGAAUCUGAGCCUAAAGUAUUUGAUGGAAAGAGAAUGAAGCGCGCUCAUAGUGAAGAUGAAAACGAAGACGACAUUAUCCAUGUGAUCAUGAAAAUUCAUGCUCCUCUACUAAAAAUAAAAUCAGAUUAUGUCCUUAUGGGAAAAGUUGGAAAUCAGGUUUUACGAGGCAAUGGAGUACUUGAUGGACAAUUUACGGAUGUAACCGGAGAGUUCACUGUUGAACUAAAGAAGACUGGAAAUACAACGAUGAUUGUACGUGCAGCGAGGGCAAAACUUGAAGCUAAUAACAAGAAUGUCACUCUUCAGGGUAUGGACGAGAAUGGGCCAGUAGAAGAAAUUUUAACUCAAGGUUUAUUGGCUGCGGAAGCGGUUGCUGCGAUGUUAGCUGAUGAUCUGGCAACAAAAAUACUUAAUGAUACUGUCACUGAUGCUAUAAUUUAUAAAAUGUAUAAAGAAUUGCCUAAUAACUAA